AUGAUAGCAGAAAGGUCAGAACCUGAAACUAGCAGAGUAGCUCUUAAUUCACCAAAUAAGUNAAGGAAGGAGCUGUUGUUAGUAAAGCCAUUAAUUGGGAUACAAGCUGCUCAAAAGAUAAAGGCAAUUGGGCAACACUGCCCAAGAGGCAAGUCCACCUCUGCUGGAUACACUUCCAAGGCCACUGCAGAGGAUGCUUUGUUGUCAAAGGAUAAACAAGUGAUCAAAAAUCCUACGGCUGCUACUUCCCUCCGAUUGGACCGUUGGAUAAAGCCCACCAGGAAAAAGGUGCACCCAGCAAACCUUUGGAGCCAAAUUUUGAAGCAUGGAAAGGCAUCAUCGUCCUCCACAGAUCCACGCAAUGACUACCAGCAUCAGAAUACCAAUGGAGACCAAAACUCUGUGGAACAUGCAGUCUUUGGGCAUGAGAUGGCGGCUUGCCCAAGAACUACACAUACAAAGGUCGGGAAUCAGCCUUGCAAGCUGGACAAGGGCAAAGCAUUAGCCUCAAUGGAAGUCACGAGAGUAGUGGGUACGUUAGAAAAUGCCACCACCAUGCACAAAGGAUCCAAACCCGGAGGACUCUAUAGUCACUGA